UUAAAAGUGUGUCUCAGCAGCCCUGGACCAGCUCUUUGCAGGCAUUUGCUGCGGGCUCCAGGACAAGCCCUCGUCAGCCGGUGCGUCUGGGCUGGGACAGUGAAAAUGUUUAGUGUCAUCGGCGACAAAUACACGUACAGGGGACCCCACUAGGCAGGCUGGUGGCUCAGGGGGAACAGGAAGCCAGGAGCCAAGUCCAACAUAGGUGUGGGCACACGUAUGUGUGGCCACCCACACGUGUGCGUACUUUGAGGAGCAACUUUCGUUUUGGUUUUUGUUUUGGUUCCUGAGGCAAAUUUUCUAUUGAACACUUUUGCCCUCCUAUUUGAAAAAAAAAUUUUCUUUUUUUUGCAUUUUUAACAAUUUGAAUAUAAAAAGUGUAAGAAUCCAACCUUUGAAAGGAUUGAGGCGGGCAGCAGACAGCAGAUGGAUCCAGCGGCCAGCAGCUGCAUGAGGGGUCCCCACCCCCCGGCCCCCGUCUGGGGCUGCCUUCGAAACCCCCACUCGGAAGGCACUGGGGCCUCAGGGCUCCCCCACUACCCGCCAACCCCAUUCUCCUUCCACCAGAAACCAGACUUCCCAGCAACAGCAACAGCUGCGUAUCCCGACUUCUCAGCCUCCUGCCUGGCGGCCACCCCACACAGCCUGCCCCGGGAGGAGCGAGGCUUCACUGAGCAGCACCCCGCCUUCCCACAGCCCCCCGACUGGCACUUCCCUGUCUCGGAGGCCCGGCGUAGGCUCAACCCAGGCCCCGCGGGGGGCUCCAAGGAGAUAGGGGCCAGCAGCCCCGGCCUGGUGGACACCACGGGAGGCCCAGGCGAGGACUAUGAGGUCCUUGGGAGCACUGCCAACGAGACGGAGAAGAAGUCAACCAGACGGAAAAAGGAGAAUUCAGACAACCAGGAGAAUCGAGCGAAGCCAGAGGGUGCCAGCAAGGCCCGCAAGGAGCGGACAGCCUUCACCAAGGAGCAGCUGCGGGAGCUUGAGGCUGAGUUUGCUCAUCACAACUACCUGACCCGGCUCCGCAGAUAUGAGAUCGCGGUAAACCUGGACCUCUCCGAGCGGCAGGUCAAAGUGUGGUUCCAGAACCGAAGGAUGAAGUGGAAGCGCGUGAAGGGGGGCCAGCCCAUUUCCCCCCACGGGCAGGACCCCGAGGAUGGGGACUCUGCCGCCUCUCCAAGUUCAGAGUGAGAUUCUCCAGGGAGAAAAAAAAAGAAGACUGAGGACUGAGCCCCCUACCAAAGACCCCCACCCCAACCCCACCUUAACCUUCUCCCACUCUCCCAGGGCAGCCUCUCCACACUUCACAGUGAUUCCUGGAUAGAAAGCUGCCCAGGGCUCCUGGGAGCCUUGAAGUUUCUAGAAAGUUCUGUCCAGCAUUACUCUGUCUUUAGCAGCCCCUUCCCCAGGGCCUUCACUUCCCACAAUUCUCAUGGAGUCAAUCAUACAGCGGCCAGAUCUGACCCAAGUGAAUUUGGAGAAUAGCUCCGGGGACACUGUUUCUUCGGGUCUAAGCUGCCACUCACGCCUCCUUCUCACAACCUUCUUCCCACACUGGCCAGACCUCCUCCAGUUCUGGACACCUGGCCUGAUGGGAGAGGAACCUUGAGACCAGCCGGUGAGUCACAAAAGCAGAUGCCCACAAAGAAAGGCAAGGAGACACAUACAUACAAACACACACACACCCUAGACCACCUCUCUUUUCUGGGUUUUGUUCUGAGGCUUUGGGGGACCUCAGUUGUCCCAAAACCCCAGGGAAAAUCAAUGUGAGGAAGUCUGAAGACAGAAACUUAGCUGCUACAAAUCAGAAGCCAUCCAUGGAUCCAAAUUGGCUGGCUCUGUGGGCAAGUUCAUGAGCACUGGCUGGAAGCAGUCAGGAGAGCAUCUUGGCAUAGGUCUCUGUGGUCCCCACACAGGCCUUUCAUGCUGGCUUGACUAGGUGGGUGAGAAGGGACCCAGAACAGCACCUGCUUCUUCAAAAUCAAUUCAGGGACAUACCUGGGAUUGUUGAGCCGGACCCCAAAUCACUGGAAUAGCUAUUCCUUUUAAAUCUGUAAUUUCUGGAUGGAAAAACUAUCCAGAUGCUCACAUUAUUGACGUGAGGGCUGGAGAGGGUCCCUGUGUUCCGAGGGUGGAGCAGCCAUACUAGGGCUGCUUACUGGGUGAGGGCCUAGAAAUGUGGGACCCUGGCGUGGUUUCUUUCUCCAGCUGCAGGGUCUUGUGCUUUCAAAGAACUCUGGCUGCAAAAGGACCAAGAAAAUGUCCUACUUUCUCCAUGCGAUGCAUCUGAGGCCCUCCGAAGUGUGCAUUCCACAAAUGCUGUUAUGAUAUGAGAAGCUGCCACAUUUAUGUGUGGACUGCCCAACCCCCACCCCAGGACUGUUGGCCCAGCAACCUGGGGCUACUGACACCUUGAGAGAGGCCCCUGCCUGCCUCAGUGCUCUGUCCCCCAACACCAGCUGGUGUUGCAGAGGGAGGUCAGCAAGAGUUUGAGUUCUUGUAUGUAGAUGUAAUCAUUCAUGUGUAAAAAAAAUACAAAAACAAAAAACCCACCUCCCUAUCUUGAAAGGACAGACUCUGUGGAAAAUGAUUGCCAAGUGAGAUGGCUGGUUAGAGCAUGUGUAAUUUUUUCUAAAGUAUACUUCAUCUAUUUUCUUUAGAUUACAUCAAGUUAACUGUGUAAAAUCAAUUCACUUACUAAGAAAAUUCUUCGAGAAAUAAAAUCAAUAAAAAGAAAAAAAAGAGCAGAGUUUCCAGGUCUUUUUUCCUGGAAGAGCUAAGAACCACAUGUCUGUAUGUAAUCCUCUGAUACUCAUGUGAUCAUCAGCCAGAUAAGAUCUAGAAACAAAAAAACAGAAAUCCUCUAAACCAAGGUAUCCCUUGGUUCUUCAAAACGUAGGGGUGCAAAUAUAAUGGAUGUUUUUUUAAAAAGUCUUGUCUUCCUUGCAACUGUUUUGUCUUCAUUUUCCAUUGAAAAAUUUUAGCUUUCAGUUUCCCUAACCUGUGGCUUAUCAAAUAGACAAAGGUCCGUAAACAAAAGGUGAACUCCUUUGUUAAUAAAGGAAACUUGACCAUAAAACUAACCAUCCCUAAUGUUUAAAUCCAACGUUUGGAGGUUUUUUUUUUCAGGGUGCAACAGUAUACACCAACAGUAAUAAAAAUGACAUGAGAAAAAGUGUCCUCAA